CCGCGCCGAACAUCGUCGCGAAAUCGUUUUGAAAAGCUCCGUCAAGCAAAAACGCGUUCGGAUUUCGAAAGUUUUUCCGUCGAAUUUAGUGCUGCAAAAAUCGCCGGCCGCCGAUGCAAAAGUGCUGAAUUUUGUGCAUUAGUGCUCGGGGAAUCAGGUGACACGAUGGCGAUUCCACCGUACAUGAUUCCGCCGAACCAGUGGGCCGCCCACAUGAUGGCCCAGCAGCAGGCGUUUGCGGUCCAGCAGGCCCAGGCGCAGCAGCAGCACGCUCAGCACAUGCACGCCCAGCAGCUGGCCGCGACGCAGAUGCAGAUUCCGCCGCCGAUGGCACCGAUUCCGCCGCCGGGUCCGCCCAAGCCGGAUCCGGUGCUGUCGCAGGAGAAGUUGAUGGAGAAGGCGCAAAAGUGGUCACAGCUGCAGACGAAGCGGUUUGCGGAGAAGCGGAAGUUUGGCUUUAUUGACGCGCAGAAGGAGGACAUGCCGCCGGAGCACAUCCGGAAGAUUAUACGGGAUCAUGGGGACAUGACCAGUAGGAAGUAUCGUCAUGAUAAGCGUGUUUAUUUGGGUGCGCUCAAGUACAUGCCACAUGCGGUUAUGAAACUGCUGGAGAAUAUGCCCAUGCCGUGGGAGCAGAUUCGGGACGUUCCGGUUCUGUAUCAUAUUACGGGGGCGAUUACGUUUGUGAACGAGAUUCCGUGGGUUAUUGAGCCGGUUUACAUUGCCCAGUGGGGCACGAUGUGGAUCAUGAUGCGUCGUGAGAAGCGCGAUCGUCGUCACUUUAAGCGGAUGCGGUUCCCGCCCUUUGACGAUGAAGAACCUCCGCUGGAUUACGCCGACAACGUGCUGGACGUGGAACCGCUGGAGGCGAUCCAGAUCGAGCUGGACACCGAGGAGGACGCCAGCGUGCACGAUUGGUUCUACGAGCACCGUCCGUUGAUUGGGACGCCGUACGUGAACGGGUCGACGUAUCGCAAGUGGAACCUGGCCCUGCCACAGAUGGCCUGUUUGUACCGCUUGGCCAACCAGCUGCUGACCGAUCUGGUCGACAGCAACUUCUUCUACCUGUUCGACCCGAAGAGCUUCUUCACCGCCAAGGCACUCAACAUGGCCAUCCCGGGAGGACCGAAGUUCGAACCGCUCAUCAAGGAUCACAACGUCGGGGACGAGGACUGGAACGAGUUCAACGACAUCAACAAGAUCAUAAUCCGGCAGCCAAUCCGUACCGAAUACCGGAUUGCGUUCCCGUAUCUGUACAACAACAUGCCGCACUUUGUGCACCUCUCAUGGUACCACAUGCCGAACGUGGUGUUCAUCAAGACGGAAGAUCCGGACCUGCCGGCGUUCUACUUCGAUCCGCUGAUCAAUCCGAUCGCGCACCGUCACGCGGUCAAGUCGGCGGAGCCGCUGCCGGAGGACGACGAGGAGUUCACCCUGCCGGAAGAGGUGCAACCCUUCCUGCAGGACACCCCACUCUACACGGACAACACGGCUAACGGGAUCUCGCUGCUGUGGGCGCCGCGGCCGUUCAACAUGCGCUCUGGGCGGUGCCGCCGGGCGAUCGAUAUCCCGCUCGUCAAGGGCUGGUACAAGGAGCACUGCCCGCCGGGACAUCCGGUCAAGGUGCGCGUGAGCUACCAAAAGCUGCUCAAGUAUUACGUGCUGAACGCGCUCAAGCACCGCAAGCCGAAGCCGCAGAAGAAGCGCUACCUGUUCCGGUCGUUCAAGGCGACCAAGUUCUUCCAGACGACGACGCUGGACUGGGUGGAGGCCGGGCUGCAGGUCUGCCGCCAGGGCUACAACAUGCUGAACCUGUUGAUUCACCGGAAGAACCUGAACUAUCUGCACUUGGAUUACAACUUCAACUUGAAGCCCGUCAAGACGCUAACCACGAAGGAGCGUAAAAAGUCCCGGUUCGGAAAUGCGUUCCACUUGUGUCGGGAGAUUCUGCGCUUGACCAAGCUGAUCAUCGACUCGCACGUGCAGUACCGGUUGAACAACGUGGACGCGUUCCAGCUGGCGGACGGUCUGCAGUACAUCUUUGCCCACGUCGGCCAGCUGACCGGAAUGUACCGCUACAAGUACAAGCUGAUGAGGCAGAUUCGGAUGUGCAAGGAUUUGAAGCACUUGAUCUACUACCGCUUCAACACCGGCCCGGUCGGAAAAGGUCCCGGCUGUGGCUUCUGGGCGCCGGGUUGGCGCGUGUGGCUAUUCUUCAUGCGCGGAAUCACACCCCUGUUGGAACGCUGGCUGGGCAACUUGCUCUCUCGUCAAUUCGAGGGUCGUCACUCGAAGGGCGUCGCCAAGACGGUCACCAAACAGCGCGUCGAGUCUCACUUUGAUCUGGAACUGCGCGCCUCCGUCAUGCACGACAUCGUGGACAUGAUGCCCGAGGGAAUCAAACAGAACAAGGCCCGUACCAUCCUCCAGCACCUCUCCGAAGCGUGGCGCUGCUGGAAGGCCAACAUCCCCUGGAAGGUACCCGGUCUCCCCAUCCCCAUCGAAAACAUGAUCCUGCGUUACGUCAAGAUGAAAGCCGACUGGUGGACCAACACCGCCCACUACAACCGGGAACGUAUCCGGCGUGGCGCCACCGUAGACAAAACCGUCUGCAAAAAGAACCUCGGCCGACUCACGCGUCUCUACCUUAAAGCCGAACAGGAACGCCAACACAACUACCUUAAAGACGGCCCGUACAUCUCCCCCGAGGAAGCCGUCGCCAUCUACACCACGACCGUGCACUGGCUCGAGUCCCGCCGGUUCGCCCCAAUCCCCUUCCCCCCACUCUCCUACAAACACGACACAAAACUGCUCAUCCUAGCCCUAGAACGUCUAAAAGAAGCGUACAGCGUCAAAUCUCGCCUCAACCAGAGCCAGCGCGAAGAACUGGGCCUGAUCGAGCAAGCGUACGACAACCCGCACGAGGCGCUGUCCCGAAUCAAGCGUCACCUGCUGACGCAGCGAGCGUUCAAAGAGACGGGAAUCGAGUUCAUGGACCUGUACAGCCACCUCAUCCCGGUGUACGACGUGGAACCGCUGGAGAAGAUUACGGACGCGUACCUCGACCAGUACCUGUGGUACGAGGCGGACAAGCGGCGCCUGUUCCCGCCGUGGAUUAAGCCGAGCGACACGGAGCCGCCGCCGCUGCUCGUGUACAAGUGGUGUCAAGGCAUCAACAACCUGCAGGACGUGUGGGACGUAUCGGAGGGCGAGUGCAACGUCCUGCUGGAAUCCCGCUACGAGAAGCUGUACGAAAAGAUCGAUCUUACGCUGCUCAAUCGUCUCCUUCGUCUGAUCGUCGACCACAACAUUGCCGAUUACAUGUCCGCCAAGAACAACGUUGUCAUAAACUACAAGGACAUGAACCACUCCAACAGUUACGGAAUCAUCCGCGGGCUGCAGUUUGCCUCGUUUAUCGCCCAGUACUACGGGCUGGUGUUGGAUCUGCUGGUGCUGGGUUUGCAGCGGGCCAGCGAAAUGGCCGGACCACCGCAGAUGCCGAACGAUUUCCUCACCUUCCAGGACGUCGCAACGGAGACGACGCAUCCGAUUCGGCUGUACUGUCGGUACGUGGACCGGAUUCACAUCUAUUUCCGCUUCACGGCGGAGGAGGCGCGUGACUUGAUCCAGCGCUAUCUGACGGAACAUCCGGAUCCGAACAACGAGAACAUUGUCGGGUACAAUAAUAAGAAGUGCUGGCCGCGGGAUGCCCGGAUGCGGUUGAUGAAGCAUGACGUCAAUCUGGGGAGGGCCGUGUUUUGGGACAUUAAGAACAGGCUGCCGCGUUCGGUGACGACGGUGCAGUGGGACAACACGUUCGUGUCGGUUUACUCCAAGGACAAUCCGAAUCUGCUGUUUAACAUGUGCGGGUUUGAGUGCAGGAUUCUGCCCAAGUGUCGCACCCAGAACGAAGAGUUCACCCACCGGGACGGCGUGUGGAAUCUGCAGAACGAAGUCACGAAGGAGCGUACGGCGCAGUGUUUCCUGCGCGUGGACGACGAGUCCCUCUCGCGGUUCCACAACCGCGUGCGGCAGAUUUUGAUGGCUUCCGGGUCGACCACCUUCACCAAGAUCGUCAACAAGUGGAACACGGCGCUGAUCGGGCUGAUGACGUACUUCCGCGAGGCGGUCGUAAACACGCAGGAGCUGCUGGAUCUGCUGGUCAAGUGCGAGAACAAAAUUCAGACGCGUAUCAAGAUCGGGCUGAACUCGAAGAUGCCUUCGCGUUUCCCGCCGGUGGUGUUUUACACGCCGAAGGAGCUGGGCGGGUUGGGAAUGUUGAGCAUGGGUCACGUGUUGAUUCCGCAGUCGGAUCUGCGCUGGUCGAAGCAAACGGACGUCGGGAUUACGCACUUCCGGUCCGGUAUGUCGCACGACGAGGAUCAGCUGAUUCCGAACUUGUACCGGUACAUUCAACCGUGGGAGAGCGAGUUUAUCGACUCGCAGCGAGUUUGGGCGGAGUACGCGUUGAAGCGGCAGGAAGCGAACGCGCAGAACCGGCGGUUGACGCUGGAGGAUUUGGAGGACAGCUGGGAUCGGGGCAUUCCGCGGAUUAACACGCUGUUCCAGAAGGAUCGUCACACGCUGGCGUACGACAAAGGUUGGAGAAUCCGGACGGAGUUUAAGCAGUACCAGGUGCUGAAGCAGAAUCCGUUCUGGUGGACACAUCAGCGCCACGACGGCAAGUUGUGGAACUUGAACAACUACCGUACGGACAUGAUUCAGGCGUUGGGUGGAGUUGAGGGCAUUCUCGAGCAUACGCUGUUCAAGGGAACGUACUUCCCCACCUGGGAAGGUUUGUUCUGGGAGAAGGCAUCCGGGUUCGAAGAGUCGAUGAAGUACAAGAAGCUGACCAACGCGCAGCGUUCCGGUUUGAACCAGAUUCCGAACCGUCGCUUCACGCUCUGGUGGUCUCCGACGAUCAACCGUGCCAACGUGUACGUCGGUUUCCAGGUGCAGCUCGAUCUGACCGGUAUUUUCAUGCACGGUAAGAUUCCGACGCUGAAGAUUUCGCUCAUCCAGAUCUUCCGUGCCCAUUUGUGGCAAAAGAUUCACGAGUCGAUCGUGAUGGAUCUGUGCCAGGUGUUUGAUCAGGAACUGGACGCGCUGGAAAUUGAAACCGUGCAAAAGGAAACGAUCCACCCUAGGAAGUCGUACAAGAUGAACUCGUCCUGCGCGGACAUCCUGCUCUUCCCGGCUUACAAGUGGAACGUCUCAAGACCUUCCCUUCUGGCGGACACAAAAGACACGAUGGACAACACCACAACGCAAAAGUACUGGCUGGACGUCCAGCUUCGUUGGGGAGAUUACGACUCGCACGACGUCGAACGUUACGCCCGAGCGAAGUUCCUCGAUUACACAACGGACAACAUGUCGAUCUACCCGUCGCCAACGGGCGUCCUGAUCGCGAUCGAUCUUGCUUACAACCUUCACAGCGCCUACGGCAACUGGUUCCCCGGCUGCAAACCGCUCAUCCAACAGGCCAUGGCCAAGAUCAUGAAGGCCAACCCGGCUUUGUACGUGUUGCGCGAGCGUAUCCGCAAGGCUCUCCAGCUGUACAGUUCGGAACCCACGGAACCGUAUCUCUCGUCUCAAAACUACGGAGAACUGUUCUCCAACCAGAUCAUCUGGUUCGUGGACGACACCAACGUGUACCGCGUGACGAUCCACAAGACGUUCGAGGGUAACUUGACGACUAAGCCCAUUAACGGAGCGAUUUUCAUCUUCAAUCCGCGCACGGGCCAGCUCUUCCUGAAGAUCAUUCACACCUCGGUGUGGGCCGGUCAGAAGCGUCUCGGCCAGCUGGCCAAGUGGAAGACGGCCGAAGAAGUGGCCGCGCUGAUUCGAUCGCUUCCGGUGGAGGAACAACCCAAGCAGAUUAUCGUCACCCGAAAGGGCAUGUUGGAUCCGCUGGAGGUGCACUUGUUGGAUUUCCCCAACAUUGUCAUUAAGGGGUCGGAACUGCAGCUGCCCUUCCAGGCUUGCCUGAAGGUGGAGAAGUUUGGUGAUUUGAUUCUGAAGGCCACCGAACCGCAGAUGGUUCUGUUCAACCUGUACGACGACUGGCUGAAGACCAUUUCUUCGUACACGGCGUUCUCGCGUUUGAUUUUGAUCCUGCGCGCGCUGCACGUCAACACCGAGCGAACCAAGGUCAUCCUGAAACCGGACAAGACCACCAUAACCGAAGCCCAUCACAUCUGGCCGACGCUGACCGACGAGGAGUGGAUCAAGGUUGAGGUUCAGCUCAAGGAUUUGAUUCUGGCGGAUUACGGCAAGAAGAACAACGUCAACGUUGCCUCGCUCACGCAGUCGGAAAUUCGUGACAUCAUCCUGGGUAUGGAAAUCUCCGCACCGUCCGCCCAGCGUCAACAGAUUGCCGAAAUCGAGAAGCAAACCAAGGAGCAGAGCCAGCUGACGGCGACCACGACGCGAACCACGAACAAACACGGAGACGAAAUUAUCACCUCUACCACGAGCAACUACGAAACGACCACGUUCAGCUCGAAGACGGAGUGGCGCGUGCGUGCCAUUUCGGCGACCAACCUGCACCUCCGUACGAACCACAUCUACGUCAGCUCGGACGACAUCAAGGAAACCGGCUACACGUACAUUCUCCCGAAGAACAUCCUGAAGAAGUUUGUCACGAUCAGCGAUUUGCGUGCCCAAAUCGCCGGCUAUCUGUACGGCGUCAGCCCGCCGGAUAACCCACAGGUCAAGGAGAUCCGCUGUAUCGUAAUGCCACCCCAGUGGGGAACCCACCAGCAGAUCAACCUGCCCAACUCGCUCCCAUCCCAUCAAUACCUCAAAGACAUGGAACCGCUCGGCUGGAUCCACACCCAACCGAACGAGUUGCCCCAACUCUCGCCCCAGGACAUUACCACCCACGCCAAGGUCAUGUCCGAGAACCCCACCUGGGACGGUGAAAAGACCAUCAUCAUCACGUGCUCCUUCACGCCCGGGUCCUGCUCGCUCACCGCCUACAAACUCACCCCGUCCGGCUACGAGUGGGGCCACAAAAACACCGACAAGGGCAACAACCCGAAGGGCUACCUGCCGUCGCACUACGAGCGCGUCCAGAUGCUGCUGUCGAACAAGUUCCUCGGCUUCUUCAUGGUGCCGGCGCAGGCCAGCUGGAAUUACAACUUUAUGGGCGUGCGCCACGAUCCGAACAUGAAGUACGAGCUGCAGCUGGCCAAUCCGAAGGAGUUUUACCACGAGGUGCACCGGCCGUCGCACUUUUUGCUCUUUUCCAGCCUGGAGGAGGGCGGCGACGGGAACGGCGCCGAUCGGGAGGAUUUGUUCGCGUAAGGGGAGUGAAUAUGAAAUAUAUCUUUUAGAGUUAGUUUUUAAGGUUUUUUUUUGGGUUUAAGUACUGAUUAUUUGUAAAUAGUAACUUGAUUCUGCAAAGCUACAGUCUAUUAUCUUCAAUAAAGGUUUAACGUAAAAAAGGCA